CAAUUAUAGAUAAAUUAUUACCAAUAUUAAUCAACUACAUUAAUAAUCAAAUUUUUUAUAAUGAUUUAGAUCAAUUAAAUGAAUUGAAAGAAUUUUUUGGAAAUUUUAUUAAAUUAAUGGAAAAUUUUGAAUUUAAUAUAAUUAAAUUAUACGAUCAAAUUUUGAUUUUAUUAUUUGAAAGAUAUCAAUUGAAAUUACUAAAUAAUUUUGAAAUUGAAUAUAAAAACUCUUUAGAUGAAGAUGAUUCAAUGCCCAUGAUUAUUAAUGAUACUAAUCUAUAUAAUAAAAUUUUAGCUGUAAGUUGGUAUAACCCCGAUGAUAACUUUAAUGAUAGCAAUGAUAACGAUCAUAAUGGUCAAAAUAGUCAAAAUUUCAGUAGAAUUUUACCUUUUAGUCAAGUUUAUCCAAUGACCUGUGCACAAUUACGAUCAAUUAUUAAUAAAAAUUUAAAAUUUUUAGAAUUUAAUUUUUAUAAUUAUAAUUUUUUCAAAAUUAACCAAUUAUUAAUCAAUUUCUUAAAACAAUUAAUGUUGAUAAUAGUUGAAAAAAUGAAUGAAAAACUUAAAAGUACAUCGAGAGAAGAAAUCGCUCAAAAUCUAAUUAAUUUGGAAUAUUUCCUAAUAUCUGCAAAGGAAGUUCAUAUGUUGAUUACGAGUACUUAUCAAUUAAAUAUCAACGAUACUAAUAAUAAAGAUAUUAAUGGAAACGAACACAUAUCAAUUUCUCUAUCAGAUAAUUUAAGAUUAAUCAAAAAUUUACCUAAAAAUAUUGAAUUGAAUGAAAUAAUCGAUAAAUUUAUUGAAACUAAAAAAAAUGCUGAAAAUGCCUUAUUUACGAUUGUUGACAGUAAAAUUGAUGGUCUUAUGGAUUUCUUCGAAUGGGAAUUUGAUACAUUAGAGAGUCAUAAAGGUGAGGUUUCAAUUUCCAUUCGAGAUGUCGGUGAAUUCUUGAAAACAAUGUUUGAAACAACUUUUAUUAAUAUUCCUUUGAAAAUUAAAAAUUUAUUAAUUAUAAGAGGGUUUGAUAGGUUAAUUGGUUGCAUUGCUGAAAACUUGAUCGAAGACAGUAAAAUUAUAACAGAUGUUGGUAUCAAUAAUUUUGAAAUUGAUUUAAAAUAUAUCGAGGAGCUAGUUGAGAGCUUGACAACAAAUUAUAACCAUCCAGAUAACAUGGACAAUAAUGAAAAGAGUUUGCACCUAAUGUUUAAGGAAUUAAAUCAAAUUAUUUUGUUAUUAAAAACAGCCAGUUAUGAAGAAUUUAGAAAUGAUCAAAAUUCCAAAUAUAACCUUAUUAAAAAGGAAAUUGGGUACAGAUUAUUGAAUAAAUAUAAAAUUGGCAAUAGAUUAUUAAGUGAUAUUAUUUUAAACAGCGGUUCAUCCAGCAAUAAUGGUAAUUCUAGUGAUUCAGGCAGCAAUAAUGGAAACAGAUCUCCAAGAAGUCCGUCAUCAACUGUCAAUAAAUUUUCUUCUAAAUUUUAUAGCAGAUUCCGUUCCAACAAAUAACUCUUUUUUUUGGUUUUUUAUUUCUCAAAGUAGGUUUAAUUUUUUUUAUACUAUUUAUUAUAUAGUUUGUAUUAUAUAAUAUCUUUGUUUGUUUGUUUGUUUUAAUUAUUCGAAUAUAAUUCGAUAUAGCUCCAAAAAUAACAAAUUAAUAAGUAAUUUUGUAAGAAAUUUUGGCCCACCUGAGGAAAAUAAUUGGAAAAUAACGUUAGCCUUUUUUAUCAAAAAAAAUUACAAGCAUCAAUAUAAA